AUGAUUUCUAACCAGGUUUCUGUAGCUCCUCUUCGCAGCGUGGCGUUUGGCAGCUGCCAGGAGAGGAAACUCUUUCCUACUCACUACGCGCCGAACCGACUGGGCAACCAAACGUUACGCCAGCAAGCGUCGCAUCUGGGGCCCGGCUGCCAUGAAAACCAUGAGCUUCGUACCAUGAUGUAUGAGAUACAGACAAAACCAGAAAGUAAGAAGGGAUAUGUUCUUUCAGCGAGGACAGCUGCACGUUUCUUGCCUUGUAACAAGACACCGACCCCUUCACCCCAAAAGUACCAACAGGAUCAAACCCAGUCCAAAGUCUGUCCCCCUGGCCAAACACCUUUCAGUUCAACUGCACAGAGGUUCAAAACCACAUCUAGUAAAGCUGAUGGCAGUCCAGGCCCUGGCACAUAUGCUCAUGAUACAGUUAGGAACAGGAAAGUGACUUGGCCGAUGAGGUUUGGGUCCCCAGACUGGUCCAGGCAGCCACAGCUGGAGAAGAGAUCAUUGAGAGUUGAACUUGACUACGACAAGGAGUUCAAGAAGCAGAGGGCUAGACUGGCAUACCUGAGUUUGUACUACUAAGUAUGAAUCUGGAAGA